AAAAAUAGUUCAAGUAAAGUUGUUCAAAUCGCAGAAGAAAUCAUUGAAAAAUUAAUUGGCCUGACAACACUGGCUUACUCUAUGUACCUCCAGAAAACGCAAGCGGUUUACGCGUUCAAAACAAUAAGGAGUUAGUUGACUUUCUCCUUGAUGGUACGGUGUAUCGUCAUGCGGUGACAAAUCGUGACAAACCCAAACUUCGGGCCGCGAUGUAUGAUAUCGUUGAUAUCGUAUAUGAUCAACAAGGCAAAUACGUACAACAUUGCUACAUCUGCAAGAAAUGUUCGCAAAUUAUGUAUGUGGAAACAGAAGGCGGAAAUUCAAAAGUGCGGUUCCAUGCUUGCGUGAAGAAGUAUUUGCAACGACAUGACAAAGGAGAAGAGGAGGAUGAAGAUAAUGCCGACUAUUUCUUCAACGAAAUCAUGCUGACUAGCAAACAACAAGCUAUCAUCACCACCGCAGUCACACAAGUAUCAAUGUACUCGCGCAAGUUGGGGCAACUCACCAGAGGUCAAGUUGGUUCCAUCCUGCCAAACAAGUGGGACAAUAACUAUUGGACUGAUUUCGUCUCGAAUGUGAAGGUACAGUUAACUCCUUCGGGAAGUGGUGCGUCUGGUGGAGAAUCGUCCGGUGGAUCAUCCUCAAAACAAAAAGACAAGUCUUCAGGAAAGAAGAAGAAGACACCAUCGUCCGUCCGUGAGGAUGGCAAAGAAGAUAAGAAGUCGAAGUCGAAGGCAAAUUCAAACGCUGACAAGUCAAACGAUACCAUUGUCCGUCCGGCCGAAAAGUCUUCGAAGAAGAAACACGGUGCACCACCAUCGGUGCGUAAAGAUGGAAACGACAAGCGUGAAUCCAAAGUCGACAAGUCUACAGGAAAAAAGAAAGAAACACCACCGUCCGUCCGUGAGGAUGGCAAAGAAGAUAAGUCGAACGAUUCCAUCGUCCGUCCGGCCGAAAAGUCUCCGAAAAAGAAAUCACCGUCGGUGCGUAGAGAUGGAAACGACAAGCGUGAAUCCAAAGUCGACAAGUCUACAGGAAAGAAGAAAGAAACACCACCGUCUGUCCGUGAGGAUGGCAAAGAAGAUAAGAAGUCGAAGGCAAAGUCAAACGCCGACAAGUCAAACGAUUCCAUCGUCCGUCCGGCCGAAAAGUCUCCGAAAAAGAAACCAGAUGAACCACCAUCGCUGCGUAAAGAUUGGAAUGACGAGCGUGAAUCCAAAGUCGAAAAAUCUCCAGGAAAGAAGAAAAAAACAUCGUCGGUCCGUGAGGAUGGCGAAAAAGAUAAGUCAAAGGCCAAGAAGUCUUCAGUAAAGACAACAAACAAGCAAGAUGCACCGUCGUCCGUCCGUACUGAAGAUAAGGAUAAGCAGAAAUCUGGUGCUACAUCGUCUGCAAGCAAGCGCAAAGCCCCGAUUGAAGCUACCGAAUUCCAAACUAAGGCCAUGAAGAAACAAUUCGACCAUUCUGAUAGCGACGUUUCUGAUGGCGAUGCGUCGAUCCGUCAAUCGGACGGUGACGAUGAACAAAGCAACGCAUCCGUCCGUCCGUCCGAAGAAGUGGAAAUGGCCGACGAUGACGAUGAACAAAGCAACGCAUCC